UGUGUUCCUCACUGAGUCCAACCGCUUUUAUUUUCUCAGCGGUGGCUAGCUGCAGAAGCUAACACUGAGGCGCCGUGAAAACAACUUAAACGAGUUAAAUAGGUAGUGAAAUUUAAAGAAGGUUAAAAAGCUCAUCCGGGAGGUUUACGCCCGAUUUGAGAAGAGCUAAAGUUCGGGGUGGAGAUGUCUCGGAGAAGGCACAGCGACGAGAAUGAUGGUGGACAGCCUCACAAAAGGAGGAGGACGUCUGAGCCGAUUGAAAUUGAGGAUCGACUGGAAUCACUGAUAUGCAGAGUUGGAGAAAAAAGUACGUCAUCUUUGGAGAGUAAUUUGGAAGGUCUUGCAGGUGUCCUGGAAGCAGAUCUCCCUAAUUACAAAAAUAAAAUCCUGCGCAUCUUAUGUGCUGUCGCACGGCUGUUACCAGAGAAGCUCACUGUCUACACGACGCUGGUGGGUCUGUUAAACGCAAGGAACUACAACUUUGGUGGGGAAUUUGUUGAGGCCAUGAUCAGGCAGCUGAAGGAGACCCUGAAGUCAAACCUUUACUCUGAAGCUGUUUAUUUGGUGCGUUUCUUAAGUGACUUGGUGAACUGCCAUGUCAUUGCAGCGCCGUCUAUGGUUGCCAUGUUCGAGAACUUUGUCAGUGUCACACAGGAGGAGGAUAUACCACAGGUGCGCUCUGACUGGUACGUGUAUGCUGUUCUGUCCUGUAUGCCCUGGGUUGGGAAGGAGCUCUAUGAGAAGAAGGAUGUGGAGAUGGAUCACCUCCUAAAUCAGAUCGACAGCUAUCUGAAGAGGAGGCAGAAGACCCAUGUGGCCAUGUUGCAGGUGUGGACAGCAGAGAAGCCCCAUCCACAGGAAGAGUAUCUGGACUGUCUGUGGGCUCAGGUGCAGAAGCUGAAGAAGGAUCGCUGGCAGGAGCGUCACAUCCUGAGGCCGUACAUCGCCUUUGACAGUGUGCUGUGUGAGGCUCUGCAGCACAACCUGCCCCCUUUCACUCCUCCAGCUCACUCUGAUGAUGCGGUUUACCCCAUGCCCCGUGUUGUUUUCCGCAUGUUCGACUACACCGAUGCUCCUGAGGGCCCUGUCAUGCCUGGCAGUCACUCUGUGGAGAGGUUUGUAAUUGAAGAGAACCUGCACUGCAUCAUCAAAUCUCAUUGGAGAGAAAGGAAGACCUGUGCCGCACAGUUGCUGAGCUAUCCUGGCAAAAGCAAGAUUCCUCUAAACUAUCAUAUUGUUGAGGUGAUCUUUGGUGAACUCUUCCAGCUACCCUCUCCGCCUCACAUUGAUGUCAUGUACACUGCAUUACUGAUCGAGCUCUGCAAGCUGCAGCCUGGGUCGUUACCUCAAGUUCUUGCACAAGCCACAGAGAUGAUGUACAUGAGACUGGACACAAUGAACACAACAUGCGCAGACCGAUUCAUCAACUGGUUUUCUCAUCAUCUGAGCAAUUUUCAGUUCAGAUGGAGCUGGGAUGACUGGUCUGACUGUUUAACAGUGGACCUUGAGAAACCCAAGCCCAAAUUUGUCAGAGAGGUGUUGGAAAAAUGCAUGAGGCUGUCCUAUCACCAGCGGAUAGUGGACAUUGUGCCUCCUAGUUUCUCUGCUCUAAUUCCGGCUGAACCACUGUUUCAGUAUAAAUAUGGUGAUGAGAGCAGCAGUUCCUUGCCUGGAUUUGUUAUGGCAGAAUCUGUAGCAAAUGCUAUCAAAAGCCGUGCCUCAAAUGAGGAGAUCCUCACUGUCCUGAAGGAGGUGCCCAAUCCUAACCAGGAUGAAGAUGACGAUGAAGGUGAUGGUUUCAAUCCACUGAAAAUAGACGUGUUCCUGCAGACGCUGCUCCAUCUGGCUGCAAAGUCCUUCAGCCACUCAUUCAGUGCCCUUGCAAAGUUCCAUGAAGUGCUGAAGACUUUAACAGAGAGUGAUGAAGGGAAGCUGCACAUUCUUAGGGUGGUGUACGAGGCAUGGAGGAAUCACCCACAGAUGAUCUCAGUGCUGGUAGAUAAGAUGAUACGUACUCAAAUAGUUGACUGUGCUGCUGUGGCCAACUGGAUCUUCUCUCCUGACAUGGCUCAUGAUUUCACCAGGCUUUAUGUGUGGGAGAUUCUUCACUCCACCAUCAGGAAAAUGAACAAACAUGUCCAGAAGAUCCAGAAGGAGCUGGAGGAGGCCAAGGACAAGCUGGAAAAACAGCAGCACAAGAAGCAGAAAGACAGUGGUGAUGAAGAGGACAUGGAGAAGAACAGUGAGGAUGAAGAUGGUCAGCUGGAGGAGCAAAUCGAAAGGCUGCAGGAGAAAGUAGAGUCAGCACAGAGCGAACAGAAGAACCUCUUCCUCGUCAUUUUUCAGCGUUUCAUCAUGAUGCUGACGGAGCACUUGGUGCGCUGUGAAACGGGCACCGUGGACAUAAACACCUGCUGGUAUAAAAACUGCGUCGAGCGGCUGCAACAAAUCUUCCUCAUGCAUCAUGUGACCAUCCAGCAGUACAUGGGCACGCUGGAGAACCUGCUGUUCACGGCUGAGCUGGAUCACCACAUCCUGGCUGUGUACCAGCAGUUCUGUGCCCUGCAGCUUUGAUUAUGUUCCAGAACCCAUGAUGCUAAACCCAAGCCCACAGUUAGCCAGUUCAGACUUUUUAAUCUUGGCUUGUAUGUUGUGUAGCUUAUUAAGCUGCAUCCGACAAGUAUGGGAAUCAUUUUGUUUAUUCUCAAGUAGUGGUAACGGCUAUUAAUUAAUUAUUUGUGUAUCACAUUUGUUUAGUUCCCCCCCCAGUCCAAAUCUUUUCAGGUUUUACACCUGGAUCAUAAGUAUGAAUUAGUUAGGGAUAAGUCUUUUAAAACUUGAGGUUAAGUGGACAGAAGGAGGAUUUUGGUUUUAUUCUGGCCAGACUGAAGAAAAAUGACUGGAGUUUUAUAUAUUUAAUGUCCAUUUUGAUCUGGAUGUGAUUUAAAACGAGGUGCAAGUCUGCUUGCAUUGUCUAAGUGCUUCUGUCAUGGUCAUGGUGUAUUUUUUUGAAUUGUAAAGAAAUACAUGAAACCAUCUUUUCUUUU